CGUUGAUUUAGAUUCUGUCCAUCCCUCUCACCUCUCAGCCUCACAUCCCUAGCUCCACACCUUAGACAAGCUUCUAGAGAGAGAGAGAGAGAGAGGAGGGGCCGGCAUGGCGGCGACUUCCGGUGCGGUGGUGAACGGGUUGGGGUCGGCCUUCCUGUGCGGGGGGAGGAGGAGCCGGUCCUUGUCGAGGGCGGCCGGAUUCGGGAACGAGGCAGGGAGCGGAGCCGGUUCUAGGAACCUGGUGGUCGUCGCGGCGGCUAAGCCCAAGAAGUCUUGGAUCCCCGCCGUGAAGGGUGGCGGCAACCUAAUCGACCCCGAGUGGCUCGACGGCUCGCUCCCAGGUGACUAUGGGUUCGACCCGCUCGGGCUCGGCAAGGACCCGGCAUUCCUCAAGUGGUACCGAGAGGCUGAGCUCAUCCACGGCCGGUGGGCCAUGGCCGCGGUGGUCGGCAUCUUCGUCGGCCAGGCCUGGAGCGGCAUCCCGUGGUUCGAGGCCGGGGCCGACCCGAGCGCCAUCGCCCCAUUCUCCUUUGGUACACUCCUCGGGACCCAGCUGAUCCUCAUGGGGUGGGUCGAGAGCAAGCGGUGGGUCGACUUCUUCAACCCGGACUCGCAGUCGGUGGAGUGGGCCACGCCAUGGUCGAAGACUGCCGAGAACUUCGCCAACGCCACGGGGGAUCAGGGCUACCCGGGCGGCAAGUUCUUCGACCCGCUCGGCUUAGCCGGGACGAUCAAGGACGGUGUCUACAUUCCGGACGUCGAGAAGCUGGAGAGGUUGAAGCUGGCCGAGAUCAAGCAUGCCCGGAUUGCAAUGUUGGCCAUGUUGACCUUCUACUUUGAGGCUGGGCAGGGCAAGACCCCACUUGAGGCUCUUGGAUUGUAAAGAGUUUGAACUUGAAUGAAUCAAAAAAUGGUUGUACUUGUAGAUAAAUUGGAUUUGGGAAAAAAAAAAAAUCGAAAGCUUAGAUGGAUUCGAGCCUCUGUUGUUGUAUGAGAAACCGUGUCCUCACAGAGUUUUCCAUCCCGGAUUUGUUGCUAGCAAUUAGUGAUGUGUUUUCUAAGAGAGCUUAUGAUACGAUGAAUCGCGAUUGAGAAA